CUGAACUCUCAAUUCUAUCCUAGAACAAUCCUCCUUCUAACCUUAUCAGUGAAUACUACCUCUCUCUCUCUUUUGUGUUUCUGUUCUGCGUCACAUCCGACUGCAACACCGAAUCUCUGAUUAUUAGCAUUAUUGCUCUGCUCUCAACUAACUAUUUAACGUCCAUGCUGAUUUUUUAGUGAUGCAGAGAUCAAAUUGCUCCAACGGCUUCCCCCAGAUCAAACCACCCUUCUCACAACAAUCCCUACACAGAUAGCGGGUUGCUUUCGUAUACUUCAACUGACUACCACCUGAUGGUUAAGGCCUCGCAAAUCCUUUGGCUCGCCUGCGAUGAGUCUUGACGGUAAAGAGGGCUCCCCGCCCGACCGUUCUACAAAGCAAUCAAGUGGUACCUUGUCAAGUCUACCACCACAGGUAGCGGUCCAGACCAACCCUACUUCGUGGUAUGCGGAUACAAGAAAUCUCCUCUCGGACCCCGUGGUUGCAGCGUUCAUUGCUGGUGGAGUGGCUGGCGCAGUGUCCCGAACAAUUGUUUCACCCCUCGAACGGUUAAAAAUUCUCCUCCAGGUUCAGAAUGCCGGUAGAAACGACUAUAAAUUGUCCAUAUCAAAAGCUCUAAUCAAGAUGUGGAAGGAAGAAGGAUGGAGAGGGUUUAUGCGCGGGAAUGGGACAAACUGUAUUCGAAUCGUACCUUACUCGGCGGUACAGUUUGGAAGCUAUAGCAUCUACAAAAAGUUUGCGGAACCAUAUCCUGGAGGUGAAAUGACCCCUUUCAGUCGACUGGUAUGCGGGGGUCUCGCGGGAAUUACUUCCGUCAGUGUCACUUAUCCUUUGGACAUUGUUCGAACCCGGCUAUCCAUUCAAUCUGCGUCAUUUUCCGAACUUAAACAUGAUCCGGGUCGAAAACUUCCUGGCAUGUUCCAAACCAUGCGCGUCAUGUACCGGACGGAAGGAGGUAUAAUUGCGCUUUAUCGAGGGAUAGUUCCAACUGUUGCUGGAGUGGCACCCUAUGUCGGUUUGAACUUUAUGACUUACGAGUCAGUCCGGAAGUACUUGACGCCUGAAGGGGAUGCCAAUCCAAGUCCGUACCGGAAGUUGUUGGCGGGUGCUAUCUCCGGUGCAGUGGCACAGACGUGUACAUAUCCGUUUGACGUUCUUCGGCGACGCUUCCAAAUCAAUACCAUGUCGGGCCUGGGCUACAGAUACACGUCAAUUUGGGACGCUAUCAGGGUUAUUGUAACCCAGGAAGGUAUUAGAGGACUGUAUAAGGGAAUCGUUCCAAAUUUAUUGAAAGUGGCUCCAAGCAUGGCCAGUAGCUGGCUCAGCUUUGAAUUGACUCGCGACCUUUUCAUCAGCCUUGGCGAUAAAAGUGCUUGAUUUGCUUAAUUUUCAUGAAAGUGCUGCUUCGGGUUCAAGGCCGCCACGAUACAACACAUAUUCAUGGACUAUACCCGGCCAUUUGGUUUCGAGAAAAAAGAUUCAGACAUAGAAUUUAGAUGUACUAUGCACAAAGGAAUUUUGCUGCGGCGGAUUUGGAAGCUCUUUUAGAUGGGGAUCAGGCCCCCUCUGAAGCCCACUGUACCAUUGGGGGUUAUAUUGUGUAUUCUAAGCAGUACAGUUAUUCACAAAAUCUGCCCCUGAAAUCAGCAGAUAUUGAUAGUAUUAGCAUCUCUGGUGGAUCAAAGAUUCUGGAGUAAUAUAAACAUUUGAAAACUCAUACUUUCAUUUGGAGCCCGUCACUGCACAAUCACUUUCAGCGCUUGCAGCAGGACAGCACAGACAAAGCCUCUUGCGACAGAUUCUAUUUGAAGACUAUCAAAAAUCCGCCCAAGAGCCUCACUUGUUGCAUUGCUGCCCAUGCAACUAAUCAGUGCAGAGGGCAUGCCGUUUUCAAUCAAUAAACUUCGAGCCCUUUCCUGCAUUUUCUUCCGAUCCUUCUCAGUUAGUGUGAGCGGGGUGGCAGGUUCACCAUUAUUUUGUGCAGAAAAACAUGAUUCGCGCAACAUAUUGAUGUAGUCUGCCAAAGUUUCAUGCGUUGUAUUGUCCUUUAUGAUCGAAUCCUGGAUAAGCAGCCUAAUAGCUUCGAGGUUUGGGUUCCCUGGGCGGAGAAGAAAGGCUUUGGCUGCAUGUAACAAACGCUUUCGAAAUUUCCAGGCUGAAGAUAGACCAUAAAUCUCAUUAACAACCGCAAACAACAAUUCCACGACCAUGAUAGCCUCCUCUUCUGAAAGAGCUGCAUGCGGAUUGGAUUUGGAGUCGACAGCCUUGCCUUCCCGAUGUAUCUCGGCGGGUUCGCAGGUUUUGGGAUUAAGAGUUUCGUUCCCUUGUGCGCUUUGGAUUGUCGUUAUGGUGGUACUUUGCGUUUCACCCCGAUGAGGUACAAUUCUCUCUUGUCUCGUAAAUGAUUCACAAGACAAAUGCAGUGUUGAAUCAUUUGGGAAAGCAACUCCAUGGUCUGAAAUAGGCUCAAUUUCCCCACUUUUCCAAGGACCAGCACUGACUGACUGAGUGAAAGAGGAGGAAUACGUUGUGGGGGGUUCGUCUGAUACCUUAGCUAACUGUGAAUGAGACAUAACAAGCCUAUCUCCGUGAUCUUCCAGCUCAGGUCGGCUGGAGCGAUCCCAAUGAGAUUCAGUGAUUGCGGACUUGGCAUGGUCUGCUAUCGUUUCCUCGAAUUCU